AUGAAACGAAGCUUUGGAAGUUUUUCAAGUGAGACCUCACUGCUGCUGACGAUGCGCAUCAAAAAGAAGAAAUUGACCAUGCCAUGCACGGAACAUGCAGCACAAUUCCAACAACAACAACAACAAACAAACAUAGCCAUACCAAUAUCUCCACACAUCCGUUAUGGUGAUGUGGGAAAUCAACCAUCACCACAUCAUCAAACAAGUAUUUUGCAAAUUUCAACACAAGAUCAGUUUCUUGACUCUAUUUGUGGAUUUUAUCACUUUAUAAGACCUAAACUUCGCGAAUGUGAUAACUCUGAUCCGAACAAUAAUUGCUGUUGCAUAACACAAUGUCAAUGGCAACGGAAAUUCGGAAAGAAAUACACUCUAUCUAUUUAUAGGAACGAAACUCUACAAAACUAUUCGUUUGAAAUUAUUGAAUCGAAUAUGGGGAAGGAAGGGAAUCCUGAACAAAUUACUGUAAUUGAUGGAUUCGUAGAGAGCGAACCCUCCAAUAAUACAAGAAAAAUUAUACUACAAAUUGAUCGACAAACAAAUUAUAGACCUCUUCAUAAUCAAUGUGCUCUGAUGAAGUUUUCGGAACAAAAAAUAGACUAUCGGUGCGAGGCUAAAUUCUUUCCUAAUUGUAAUAUAUCAAAUAUUUCAAGACGAAUGAUUACUUUUGAAAUCAUGAAUUGUAGACUUUACUUUGGAAUGGUGCAAUAG